GCAGAUUUAGAAGGCGGAUGUUGUAAGAGACAAGAUGAUUUUGAUUGCAAAGAAAAUUCGCCGAAUGCUUAUAUCCAAAACGAGAACCGUUAAUUACCUCAUACUAUAGCAUACUACGCCUAAGAUAAACUGAGUCACGAUGUCCGCACAAGUCAACAUGAUAAAUUGGUCCAAAACGCUGUCAUUAGACCGACGCAUCUCGUCGCCAGUCUACCAUGGUUUCAUUGAUAUCGACCAGCCUUCGCAGCGAUUUCCUCACUACACCGCUCCAUACAUGCGAUCUGCAAAGAUAACAGCUUAUCAAACCAGUAACAACUGUGACUCAGUCGUUUCCAAAUCGUCACUGAAUUCAAGUUACUUACGCCGCAAUGUAGAAGAAUCGCGUAAGGUGUUUCUUAAUUUGUGCGAGACAAAAGAUGAGGAGAGUCAACCCCCUGAUCCCAAUAAGGAGAACAUGGAGCAGAAAAAAUCGCCAACAAGGAAAAUUAGUUUUAAGUGCAGUAAAAAACCAUCAUUUCGACGAACAGCACCAAAUAGUGGCAAACUUGCAGCUUUAAAUCCAAAUACUGUAGCAGAACUUACGUCAAAGUUUAACGAAAUGCUAUCGGAUCGAGUGCCAAUUCUUGAACAGCCAAAAUUCGCGCGUUUGGUUCGUAGAGUGAAUAGUCUCAAAGCAACACCGCCUGCUCAAGUGGAUAUCACCAACAAAAAGGUUGCCAGAAAACCCAGUGUCAAAAUCAAACCAGCUAAUCUCGAUGAUAGCAAGAGGCCACAACACUUUAGCAGCCAAACAAACCUUGAACUUCGUCAAAAUGACGAGAAAUCUGCUGUUAAAACAGAAACAACCGGUACAGUUCGCGCGACCAUUCAAAUUUUUGAGAGGCGCAGCUCUGAAUCUAGAACUCCGGAGAACGAGGUAAAAACUAUCGUUAAAGAAUUAGAAAAAGUGCCAAAACCCAAAGUGCCUGAAAAAAGUCCAAAUAUUAAAACUAAAGACUUAGUCAUAAAAAACGGUGUAAAAAAACUGAAAGCGCUCGAUAUUCGCGAUGAUAAUAGUGUUAAUCAAAACCCUGUAGAUAGUUCUAACGUACCUAAACAAAUCGAAGGCGGCGACCAAGAGAAAAAGACUGACGAGGAGGAAGUACAAAUACUCAACAUUCCACUGGUAAUGCCGAGACGAUGUGAUUCCAAGUACGAAACCUUAAACCUAAGAAAAAUUCAUCCGACGGAUUCGAACACCUUAGUAAAACCGAAUACGUCGUUCUUGUGGAGGCAAAAAUCUCUGGAGGCGCAAACCGAUUGGAAGAGUCUCUACGAUGCGGUUGGCUCGGCCUCGCAAGACUUAAAACCGGAACCACCCGCAAUUCCUCCGCGCCCAACAUCUUUGAAUCUCGCAAAGAGGCCUUUGGCUCCCAAAGCGAUCAAUAAGAAGAAAAUGCCGCUUCCAACUGAGCACGAUGAUACAAUGUAUGAACUGGUAACUGGCGGCCAUAACUACGAGUACUUGUCAAGGUACGACGCUAACGAACAAAAUGCCGACGACGGUUACGAGUGUUUCGAUCCGAUAGAGGAAUCUCCCAAAAAACCGGAGUCCGAACAAAUCUACGAGACGUUACCUUGCAGGCGAAAACAAGAACAACCCCUACCGCCGCGUCCACCUUCGAGUAUACUCCAAAAGGGCGAGGCCUUCUCAAACUGUUACGAGUCGAUCUACCAAUUGAGCUCCAAGAAUACCAACGAAGAAACGUUCAGCAACAACUACGAGAGUAUCUACGGGUGCAAUAUUCAAAUCGACAAUUGGGAGUUGGGGUCGAACAGGGAUUCGAUGGUAUCUUCAGAUCAGCAGAGCAACAGCUUGUAUAGUCGUUCGUUAUCGGGGUGGCCGAACGAUGGUUCCAUUUACAAUGGGAAGGCAGCUAGCGAUUUAAGUGGGAGUGACAAAAGCGACGAGUGGAUUGAUAUUUCAGAUAAUGAGGAGAAUUCUAAAUCUCUCUCCGGACUUGUUAUUGUACGUGAACGUACGAGGAACAAGAAAUCGGCUGGAUGGUCGCAAAAAAUUCGAGAUCAGUGGAACAAGUCGCAUUCGAUUGAAGAGGAUAACAGCGAUUCCGAUCACCAUUACGAAACCCUGUGCAAUACUCAAGAGGAACCUGAUCAUGACGGCUUCGACUCAUUCGAUAGCGACACGGAAUCCGAACGCUCUCUUGAUAAAGUUCAGAAUGAUAGCUGGGUCGAUUUGGGCAACUCGCAAUUACCUGACCCGCCCACUAGUCAAUCAUACGGGCUGACUCAACUUGCCGUGUCUGCUGGUAAGCGGUUACGCAGAAACUGGUCGCUCACCAAAAACAUCACAAAGUCGCUCACGCGAAUGACAAAGCGAAAAUCGAGAACGGACCUAACGAUAGGCGCAGUCGAGAAGCAAUCCGAAGAAAACUCAAAUACCAAUCCCAAGCAGCCAAUUUCUAGUCCAGUGAAGAGCGAACGCAAUAGCUCUUUACUUAACAUAACUCAAGAACUCAAAUUGAGGCAAAAUGAACUGUCUUCAAACAUUGCCUAUCAAAACAUUCAAAUUGCGAGCAGAGAGACUGAACCGACCGUAAAUUUUGAGAAAUCCAGAUCUAACAGUUUGUCUAAGAACAAAUUUUUAAAUAAAUUCAGACGAAGUAUGUUAAUUAACGCGGAUUCUACCGAAUGUAUACAAACUUUAGGCAACAAAAUGAAAAGUACGUUUUAUUUAACAGAUCCUAUUGAAGUCGAUAAUAAUCAAACGGACGCGUUAAAGUCGAAGGCGGCGAUUACCACAUCUGUUAGUCCUGUAGCGCUACGACAUUCAAAAUCGUGCCAGAGACCGCAGAGUCCACCACCUCCUGUACCUGUUGAUGCAAAUCAAAAUGUAGAUUCCCGCACGGCAAAAACGACAAGAAGGUCAACGUCAUGGUAUGCCGAGGUUGGUCUGUUCAGAAAUUCUGAAAAUCCGGCUAUGAGACAUUCCGACAGUAUUAAUAUAUGCCCUAGAAAGCCAAAUACCAGCUGGUAUGCAGAGAUAGGGCUAUACCAGUCCUCUUCGAGCACCCCCAGUAGCAGUUCAACGGAGAACAGCGGUAACACUACAAAUUUGAAGCAGUUUGAAGACAGCAAGGCCAGUGAAGAUUACUAUAAUAUCAAAAAUGAAAGCGAUUACUAUAACGAUAGUAGUAUUGGAAGCUUUAAUUCUGAUACCACAAUAGACAAGAACUCUAUGUCUGCCGAUAUGCAAUUACGAUUGCAAGAUGAGCCGUUGUAUCAAUUUUAUGAUGCCGCAGUUUUAGAGUCAGUCUGUCAAGAUGGAACGUCGGAUUUUGAAUAUGAUGGCUACGAGGAAGUCGGUGAGAAGCAGAAUUCCGAAAUGAACUUGACGAGACCUUCUGCAAUGCAACUUAUAGCUUACAGCAAGAACGGUUUUACUAUUACACGUACGUUAUGGUGUGAGAUUCCGGAAGUCGUGAACUCUACUGUUCUUAGCACGCUAAGUUUAAAUCAGAAGAAGAUUCAAGAGGCGAAAUUUGAAAUGAUGACCUCGGAGGCUUCGUAUUUAAACUCAUUGAAUUUAUUGACUGAUUAUUUCAUUUCCAAUAUAAACAGUAGCGAUUUUGUAAGGAAUGAAGAAAAGACUAUACUUUUUGGAAAGAUUGCCGCUGUAAAACAGUGUUCAGAAGAACUCCUAUCAGAUUUGGAGAAAUGUUGGCAAGGAAAUAUUUUGCUGCACGGAGUUUGUGAUAUUGUAAAAAAGCAUGCGCAGGAACACUUCGAUGUGUACGUUCCUUAUUGUGAAAAUCAAAUAUUACUGGACAGUACUUUAAAAAAGAUGAGAGAACGAAAUAGCUGUAAUGACUUACUGAAACGACUCGAGUGCAGCUCAGAAUGUCACUCGUUAACGUUGUACUCAUUUCUCAUGCUUCCAAUGCAGCGAAUUACUCGCUGGCCGCUUCUGGUUGACGCGGUUUUGAAAAGGCUUUCCCCACAAGACGAUGAGUAUGUGUCGUGCCAGCACACUCUAGCCACACUGAACGGGAUUGUUACAAGGUGUAACGAGGCAGCGCGUCGAAUGGAAAGGGAAUCGGAGGUCAAGAGAAUAGCAAAGCAAAUUGAAUUUCCGCGCGGGAUACCGAUCAUAAAACUGGUUACGAACACAAGGUGGUUGGUACGAUCUGGACCGCUAAUUCAAAUGGUCGCCAGAGCAGAUGACAAUAAGUUGACUUUUGGGAAGCGAUUUAGUAAAACGUCUCUUUAUUUUUUUCUCUUCAACGAUCUGUUGUUGGUCACAAGUCACAGAAGUGACGAUUGUUACGUGGUACUCCAUUACUGUUACCGAAGCUACAUAGAGCUGAAUAUUAAUGACGUAAUCAGCUCAGUGCCAGCAAAAGAUGCGCAAGGAAAGCACUUGCUGUUCUUAACAAUCUUGGAAAAUCACGACAAGAAAACCGUAGAAAUGCUACUAUCCUGCAAUAGUGAAAGUGACAAGGAGCGUUGGAUAGAGGCGCUGUCUGCGCCGAAGUCUGAAGACCCCGACGAAACCUUGUACGAGUGCUGGGAUUGCCCGCAAGUUACCGCCAUUCACCCUUACAUUUCGAGCCAGCCGGACGAACUCCCGCUGGCGAGAGGCGAUAUCGUUAACGUAACGCGUAAAAUGGCGGACGGUUGGUAUCAUGGCGAACGAAUUAGGGACGGCGAAACUGGAUGGUUUCCGGCGAACUAUACCGCCGAAAUAGCGAAUCCUCACGUACGCGCGAGAAACUUGAAGCAAAGGUAUCGACUUCUUGCACUAUCUGAAAAUUACUUAAAAUCCAAAUAACUGCGGGUGCCUGAUUGUUACUGUUUUUAGCAUCUUUUUUGUAUUAUAUGUACCAUAUAUUAUUAAAAAAAUAUUUAAAUUAGUGUUUUAUAUUAAAUAUGUACAUUUUUA